UAGCGUAGCUUGCCAAAAUGGAUCCCUAUUGUAGUCAACGAGACGAACAGCUAGCAGAAGCAGUUAGAUCUUACCCAUGUUUGUAGGAUAAAGGUAAAUUGACUGCAAAUGCAAAAAUAUUGUUGCUCAUGCCUGGAGUAAAGGGCUGCUUUCUUGUUAGGGGCGCCAUGUUGAUUAUAAAAACAAUUUUUUUAGCGCUAAUCGUUUUAUUCGUGCAGUGGAAACUGCCAUCACAAUUGCGACUUUCGCGUUUGUCGCCCUAAUCGUGAUAAUCGUGGCGCGAUAAUCACGAUUGAAUCAUGUUUCCACUAGACUAGACCACAGAAUAGACGAUUGUCACGAUAAAAGCGAAAAGUCAUUUGAAUUUGUCGCCUUUAUCGCGAUAAUCGCCCAGUGGACAAAGCUUUAGGGGUCUGGAGCACAAGCUAUUCGUCACAUGCUCGUCACAUGCUAGACACAGGGAAACAAUGGGGAAACUUCUGAAGCAAUUUUUCAUUUCCCGGAAAACAUUUCGUGUUCGAGUAGACAGGUAGAGAGCCUAAAGAAGGGGCAAAUAAGAAGUUAUAUUAUACCGUUUAAAUAUUUCAAUUAAGACUAAGAUGGAAAUGACUGGACAGGAGAUUAGUAGGGAAUCCAGUGGAAAAGCUGAAAAUCCCAGUGAAGUUGAUGCUGUGUUGGGUUCUUCAAACGAGAAUGGCGAGGAUGCUUUGAGGAAAUAUGCCGACAAGCAGCUUCAGCGGACAUACGAAUUAUUUGAAAAAUUCACGGAAAAAUCAGAAGCCGCCUACACCUCAAUGAAAGAAGAUUAUGAAAUGUUGAAAAAUAAAGAAACUAAUUAUAAAGAGAUGACAAAGAAGCUGGAUGAUGUUCAUUUCGUUGAUGUAGUAAAGCUCGAUGUUGGAGGGGAAGAGUUCAAAACAGGAUUACAAACAUUGCUAAAGUAUCCUGAUAGUUUGUUCGCUACCCAGUUCUCUCAAAGUUUAAAGCUGAAACAGACAUCUAACGAAUCCUUCUUUAUUGAUAGAGAUGGAUCAUACUUCAGGCAUAUAAUGAACUAUAUGCGAACAAGCACUGUUACUCCAAAAAUGAAAGAGCUGAAAGCUGAAUUGAUGGAAGAGGCAAAAUUCUUUGGUCUAUCUGGCCUGGUCAAAAUGUUGUCUGAAGAGGAACCAGAACUAGAGAAAGGAGAGGCUGGUGGUGAAGAAAACAAGGAUGUUGGGAUGAUUAUCCUUGAGGAUCAUUCAAAUCAGACAAGUAAACUGCUUGAAGAUGCAAAAAAAUCAUUAAAAGAAGGACAGGAUGCCCUGAAAAAUGAUAUUAAUCUGUUAGAAGAGUCAAAAGAGAAUUUUCUUAAAAUGUCUGAAAGAUUGCAAGACGUCCACUUUUCUGAAAUGAUCCAGUUGAAUGUUGGUGGGCAUAUUUUCAAAACUAGCAUCAGUACAUUGCAAAAAUACCCAAACACCAUCCUGGCUACAAUGUUCUCCCAACGAUUCAAAUUGGAAAAACAGAAAGACGGAUCAUACUUCAUAGACCGUGAUGGGACACAUUUUAGACAUAUAUUGAAUUACCUAAGGUUUGGAAGGUUACCAAGAAAAGUAAUUGAUGAGAUUGGAGAUGAAUUGUUAGAAGAAGUAAAAUAUUACAAUAUUGAAGGAUUGUAUAAGGAAAUAUGGAAUAUGCCAUCAAUUGAAUUGAAAGUUGGGAGCAAAAGCUACUACACAACAAGAAACAUUGUGCAUAAAGAUGAAUCUUUUGCAAGUACAAUUUUUGGCAGUCCAACAGAUGGUGGAGCAUAUCUGAUUCAAGGGGACAUAAAACACAUGGAAGAAAUACUUAAGUUCCUUGAGAAAGGUGAAUUACCAAAAAACAUUGCCUUUCUAACUCUUUCACGAUUGUCCUUGGAAGCCCAAGUCCUGAAUAUGCUCAAUCUCCAAAGAUACCUGAGUUCAUUCCAAACAUCAUGGUCUCUUCCAUAAUAAACAUUAGGUCUCAAACAUUUUAAGGUACCCUCCCCCCAAGUGUAUUUCAGUAAAAAUUGAAAAUUUGAUGAAACUGAAAAUUUGCGUUAGUUAAA